AUGGGUCUCUUUUCUAGUUUCAUUGACUUGUUCUGCGAGCGCUGCUCGACCGAGUCCAUCUGGACUCUCGCUCUGGUCGGCGCGUUGUCCUUCAUCUCCCUGUCUGUCGUCGUCAAUGUCCUGCGCCAGUUGUUGUUCAAGAGCCCCCACGAACCUCCUAUGGUCUUCCACUGGUUCCCCUUCGUUGGCAGCACCAUUAGCUAUGGCAUCGACCCCUACAAGUUCUUCUUCAACGCUCGUGCAAAGUAUGGCGAUAUUUUCACCUUUGUUCUUCUCGGUAAGAAGACUACGGUCUAUCUCGGCACCAAGGGCAAUGAUUUCAUCCUCAAUGGCAAGCUUCGCGACGUUUGCGCCGAGGAAGUCUACUCGCCACUCACCACCCCGGUCUUUGGUCGCAACGUAGUUUACGAUUGCCCCAACUCCAAGCUCAUGGAGCAGAAGAAGUUCGUCAAAUUUGGCCUCACCUCCGAAGCGCUUCGAUCAUACGUUACCUUGAUCACCAAUGAGGUAGAUGACUUCGUCAAAACGGCACCCGCAUUCAAGGAGCCCAAGGGCAUUUUCGACGUCACAAAGAAUAUUUCUGAAAUCACUAUCUACACUGCUUCGCGCUCGCUCCAGGGCAAGGAAGUUCGGGAUCGAUUUGACUCCACUUUCGCGGAAAUGUACCACGAUCUCGACAAGGGCUUCGCUCCCAUUAAUUUCAUGUUGCCCUGGGCGCCGCUUCCCCACAACCGCAAGCGCGACGCUGCGCAACAGAAGCUGACUGAGACCUACAUGGACAUUAUCCGCCAGCGUCGCGAGUCUGGUGGCAAGAAAGAUUCCGAGGACAUGGUCUGGAAUCUGAUGUCGUGCAUCUACAAGAAUGGCACCCCAAUUCCCGAUGAAGAAGUUGCCCAUAUGAUGAUUGCCUUGCUGAUGGCGGGCCAACACUCCUCAUCUUCCACCGCCGCUUGGAUCAUUUUGCGCCUGGCUACCUGCCCCGAGAUCGUGGAGGAGCUCUACGAAGAGCAGAUCCGAGUACUUGGUUCUGAUCUUCCUGCUCUUACCUAUGAGAGCCUCCAGAAGUUGGACCUGCACGCCAAAGUAAUCAAAGAGACCCUUCGCAUCCACGCCCCGAUUCACUCCAUCAUCCGCGCCGUCAAGAACCCCAUGCCCGUGGAAGGAACUCCCUACGUUAUUCCCACCAGCCACAACGUCCUCUCUUCCCCCGGUGUGACUGCCCGUUCCGAAGAGUUCUUCCCGAACCCUCUGAAGUGGAAUCCCCACCGUUGGGACGAGGACACAACGGUCAAGGAGGAUGUCAAGGAGGAAGACAGCGAGCAGAUUGAUUACGGUUACGGCCUGGUCACCAAGGGCACCAACAGCCCUUAUCUUCCCUUCGGUGCCGGCCGUCAUCGUUGUAUCGGCGAGCAGUUUGCCUACGUGCAACUGGGUACUAUCCUAGCCGCCCUGGUGAGGCAGUUCAAGUUCUUUAACCCUCCCGGUGCCAACAACAUUCCCGAAACAGAUUACUCGUCUCUGUUCUCCAAGCCUAUGGGCAAGUCCUUUGUGUGCUACGAGAAGCGUGGAGACAAAGCAUAG